CAUUUACAGAGCCACUUCAAUCCACUCAGGAGGUCUAGCUGAGAAAGUGGGUGUGGUGUGAGAACAUCACCAGCUUUUAGGUUUUCAGACAUCUGCAUGAUUCCUUCCUUUGUGGUGUGAGAGCCUCGCUAUACAGUUGUAUACACAUUGUGGGUAUCUGAUUCUUCCAGUGCGGAUGUGUGUGUGCCUGCGCGUCGCAGUGGCACUGAGCUGAACCUCGGAGCGAUGGCGCGCUGCGCGUUCUGGAGCGCUCUGUGUCUCUUCUUCAUAUCCUCCGCUGGACUUUGUUUCGGUACCGGUUUCAUCUACCCGUUCCCUGGACUCACACUGCAGCAUGUGAGCUCAGAACAAAGCGUCGCUGGACCCCCGGCUGCAGGCAUCAGCUCUCAGCGCAGGAACUGGUGCCAGUACACGGUAUCGAAGACGGUUACAUGCCAGGUGCAUAACGGCACAGAGACGACGGUGCAGAGGGUGUACCAAGGCUGUCGAUGGCCAGGACACUGCUCCAAAGUCAUCAGUUACAGGACUCUGAUUAGGCCUUCGUAUAAGGUGGCCUACCGACAGGUGACGGCGCUCGAAUGGAGGUGCUGUCCCGGCUUCCUGGGAAGUGACUGCAGUGUAGAAUGUAUGAACUGUACGGGUUACAAUGAUCUGAACAAUCGCCUGAACAACCUUGAGAGUAAGAUCAAGUUGUUACAGGAGGCUGAACCUCGUCCUCCAUCUAUCAAUACUCUGCUGGAGAGAUCAACAGACAACGAGGUAGAAACCCCAGAGCCCACCCCCAGGGGACCCCCACCUUUUUGGCAACCAGGGACAAGAGGCCCUCCAGGGCCCAUAGGACCACCUGGUUUACCUGGUUCAUCGGGACCUCCCGGACCUGCAGGAGAGACAGGUUCUCCAGGCCGACCGGGACCCACAGGCCCAAAGGGAGAAAGAGGCUUUCCAGGUGAAAUUGGUCUUCCAGGUCCUCCAGGACAACCUGGACUGCCCAACUCUAUUCCUCUACGCGGGGAUGUAUUUCAGGGACUCAGUCCAGAUGAAACAGCAGGUCGUAUAGGACCACCAGGCCCACCCGGACCUUCGGGCCCCCCAGGUCCUGCUGGAGCUCCUGGCAUUCCAGGUUUACCUGGACAAGAUGCACCAAGGGGUCUCCCUGGAAAAGCUGGAGAACCAGGUCUUAAAGGAGACCGAGGGGAAAGGGGACCUCCAGGAUUUAUCGGGGAGCAAGGCAUGGCUGGCCUAAUGGGAGCCAAGGGGCAGAAAGGCGAGCCAGGAGAGUACCUACCUGACGGUGAAGGAGUUCAGCAGCUGAGAGAAGCUCUGAAGAUCCUGGCUGAGCGAGUGCUCAUUCUGGAGCACAUGAUUGGCAUCCACGAGAACCCAGCAGAAGCCGGCUCUGGACUAGACGGCCUGUCAGAUGUUCUCGGUCUACCAGCAGUGAAGAUCAAACGGGCAGAAUCAGUGCAGCUUCGCUCUUCUUCUCUCCACUCCAUCCAGCAAAAGAGGCGGAGUGUUUGACACAUACACUAGUGAUUUUGUGGAUCUGUCAUUCAUUGCUGUUAAUACGUAAUUAAUCUAGUGGAAGCCUGAGCAAACAGCACUAUUAAGAACUCUUCAUCAUCAUUCAUAAGGAAAUUGUUUUUGCUGUACAGUUUUCACAAGGAAACGUAUGAAUCCUAUUUUUAUUUUUAUUUUUUCUCUUUUAAUAAGACAUGAGAGUGUUUUUUUAUGUGUGUACGUGUGUAUACUUUGUAAGUUCUGAUGUGUCUAGUUUAUGGACUACGCUGCAACCUGUCAUCUCGCUGUCUCUGCACGCCGCUCGUUCUUACUCAUACCCGGUAAACACACACUUGUAGACAGGCCCUCACUACACCUGGUGAUGUCUCGUCGGCGUCCUUCGGGCUUGUUCUCAGUUCGUGAGCUCGUUAAGGCUGUAGUGAGUCGGGGAAGGAACAGAUGAGGCUCCUGCCUGCUAGGCAGCUCCAAAUAAAACAUUGUUAAAUGAGAAACAUCUGGAUCAGGCUUGAAAAAACAAAACAAAACAAAACAAAAAAAAAAAAACAACCCCAGCCACCUAUUGUUUUGGUUCUGCAGUUCUGAAAACAGCUUGUUUGGAUUUGGUAGGAUGUUUACUGUCAGCUAAAUUGCAACCGUGGCUUUGAUUCCCCGUGGUCUUGGCUUUCUCUGUGCUUCUUAUCUGUUUUCUACAGUAUUAUUGGUCUCACCCUACUGUGUGAGUGAGUGUAACAAACAUAUCAGUUGGACUGCAGCUUUCCUUCUCUGCCAUCGCACACCUUCUUUUCUAGCGAGUAUGUUUUACUGAGAGUACAGCUGGCUCUGUAGAAGGGAAAUUAAUAGGGUACUUACUCUAAGAUAACGAAACAUGUCUCUGUGACUCGGUGCUCUGCUGUAAUGGGAUCGCCCUAUUUAUAAGCCAAUUGUUUUCAAAAGCCGCUUUCCCAGAUAACAUUUGUCUCACUCAUUUACGCUCCAUUAGCAUUGAGAAAGAUUACAGUGUAUAUUGACUUCCGAGCAUUAGGACCCCAUUUCCAAUCAUUUAUUUUAUGACUUAUGGUCAUUUUAGCUUAGAUGUUGUGUAUUUGAAUUAUUGGUUUACUUUGACUGUAGCCUGUAGGAUUUUACCAUAAGUUGACCUCUUUCUUACAUCAGCAGCUGAGUAGCGGUGGUACACUGCUGGUUCAGUAUAAUAAAAAAAAAAAUUAUAAUAAUUAACCAGAUUGAUCUCGUACAAUAAUUAACAGCAGUGUUAAUAAUAUUUAACAAUAAAGUAUGACAUGACUUAUUUUGACUUUGUACUGUACUGGAGACUUGGUGUCAUGGCUGUUAUUAUGAUAUAUUCUGCCUUGUAUUCAGCCAAUAUUUACUAUUUUUGCACUCUGAUGUCAGGUUGAUAUGGCAAUGACACAGCAAGUAAAAACUGAACUGAAGGUUGUUUGUUGGGGUUCCAUUGUAAAUUGGUGCACACAAAAAUUGUAAUGCCAUUUAAUAAAAGAUUGAAGAUGUA